CCGAGAGCUGAUGGAGCCAGAUGAGAAAGGCAGGAGGCGAGCCCCUCCGGUUGCGCGUCAGCAUCCCCUCAAAUAGGAAUCCGCUGCUGUCACUUCUGCUCUACAUACUGAGAGACGGACGGCUGUAACCCUCAAACAACAAUCUAAAGGCGAAUCUCACUUGGCAUGCAGCUGUUUUUGCAUGUGAUGUCAAAGGAGCAGAGUCAGGGGAGGCUGUGAGGAGGCUGGAGCUUUGCAAAGAAUGAUAGUGAGGAUCAAGGCGCGCUGUCCCAGGAGAACUCAUCUGAAGAGCUGGCCUCGGGAGACCGGGAUGCUCCUCUAACGCACCGGUGGGCGAGUUUUCCUGAGCAGACGGUCUGUGUGGCAGAGUUUGAGCUCGAGUGGCAGUGAGUGAGUUAAGCGAGAGGGAGUGGGUGUCAUGGAUGACAAUGAAGAGACAAAUCCCGCUGACCCUACCUACCAAAACUUGCUGCUCCUGGGAGCCAUCGCAGCGGCAUCCGCCUUUGUGGUCACCAUCCUUAUUGUCCUCGUCUGCGUUGGCUGCCAAAGAAAAAGCAAGAGCAAGCACCCCCCAGCUGGAGAGAAAGGGACAUCUGUAAAUAUGCAGGGAACCCUUCGUCACCCAAAACUGAACUCCAUGAGCAAAUCUGACACCAGGCUGCAUGAGAUCAAUCGCUUCCCCUGCAAUGGAAACUCUGUUAGCAAGAGCCGUCCAGCCAGUAUGGACCUCCUGCUCCUCCAUAGCCGGCGCUCGCAGACAGACCUGAGGCCCUCCCAUGGGCGCCAGCUUCCCCAGAUCCCCACCAGUCCCCAGGGAUCUGGCCAGGGGGGAGGAGGGGAGACAGGAGGAGAUGGGGGAGGUGGAGGAGGCGGAGGAGGCGGAGGAGGAGGAGGAGGAGGAGGAGGGGAGGCAAGAGACCACACCUACACCGAGGUGGGCAUACGCAACAACCCCACUCCCACCCACUGCCUGGAUGACGGCCUGUAUGAAAGCGUAGGAGUCCGGGAAGGUGACACAGGCCCCAAAGUACCCUCUGCCCCGCCGCCCACAUCAAACAACACUCCAGCUACAAUCAGAGCUGCCCAGAGCCCCCCAGCUCAGGCCAACGGAGCUCGCAAUGGGAAUGGGAAUGGUGGCAGAGGGAACGGCAGAGGGAAUGGCGCCAUUAACGGGCCAAUAGCGGCAAGAGGUAAUGGUGCCAGUGGGGUCAACAGGUCCCCUCUGUCUUCUGUCAACUCCCUGGCCAUCCAAGACCCAACUGCAGCUGAGUAUGCUUCCAUACGGAAGUUCAGAAAGGUCGACAAGACAAACAGGAAGGAAAAUAAUGGGGCCGACAGCCAGUCAGACAGCCAAUCGAGUGUGAGUGAUUCACCCUCCACAGCUCCUCCUCCGCUCCAUCGCAGUCAGGAGUUUCCACGCAAGGCACUGGAGCCGUUCCACCUGCACUCUUUCCCAAAGGAGGCGGUGUUCAUGGGCAACGGUGAGCAGUACAUCUGGAAGCCUCCGGAGGAAGAUGACAUCAUCACCUUGCACCCACCUCCACUCCGCGGAGACAGCGUACAGGGGCACCCAUCACCCCCAACUGCAAAGGAGAUUGCAGACACCUACUCCAUCGUGUGUAAAAGCCAGAAGAAGAAACCUCCCAUGGAAAACAACGGAUCAAAGACCCUCCCACGCUCCUUUGGCGGAGAAAGAGGAUCCCGGGGCCGAGGCCGAGGAGUUCAGGGCCAGGCGCGUUCCCAGGAGGAGCCCUGCUACGAGCCAGUAGGAGACAGGUCCUGGUCCUCGAGUGCAACGGCCGAGGCUGACCCCGCGUACGCUACCAUCGACACCCACCGGAAACGGGAGCAGGCGGGAACCAAUAACAGCACAGCUGGGGGUUCUGCCACUCUGAAGAGGAAGAAGCAGACGCCGCAGCAGCCGGCGGCACCAGCGGCACCUCAAAGCUCAGGACCCACCGCCCUGCCUGCUAGAGGCCUGCCUGGUGGGGAAAACUUCUAUGAGACCAUCAGCGAUGUGAAACAAGGGGGCAACAGCUCCAGCACCACCACCAUCUUCACCUUCAAUGACGGGAUGGAGAUGUACGUCACCGGCCUGUAGCUGGCUGAAAGGGCCCAGAACCCACUGGUACAGAGUCAUGAAAGGGACCCUCCUGUUCACCGGCCAACAGGUUGCUGUACAUAGAUACAAGGCCCUCUAUAGACAAACAACACGAGGAUCCAUUUUGUGAUGACAUCAGGUACAAACAGGGUCUUAAUCCAGGUUCAGACUUCCCUUGAUUGGUCUGUACUUCAGAACCAGCCUAAGCCUAGUCCAGCCCAAAUAUGGACCAAAUAUGUUUCAACAAAAAAAAAAAAAACAAGGAUAAGAAACUGGAAUAUACAUCUUCAACCUACUGUGUCACUGACCAUACUCACCUGUUUGUGCAUCAUUUUCCAUAAUAUCUUUAUUUUUAUAUGAACACACACUCUUAAAAGAGUACGCAGUGUAACUCAAUGUCCUGAGAAGAGCACACUUUAAUAUAUAUUAAAAAAAAUAAUGUGCAUGCAUCGUGCAAACACACACCUGAAAAUAGACAGUAGUAGCAAGGAAUAGGUAUAUUGGGAGUAUGAGGCACACUGUUAGCUAUUGUCACCCAUGCACACACACACACACACACACACACACACACACACAUAAACAUAUGCCUCAUCUAGGGGGGGACUUAUGUAAUAUAAGCAGAUGGAUGUCACAGAGAUUUGCGGUGCUUAGCUCUCCCUGAGCAAACAUCUCAAACAGGUUCUCUAUGCGCACUGGCCUGUUGCCUGGCAGACAGGAUUGUGGUGCUUUGUUCAAACACAGGCCUAUCAUUUGUAGGCCUGCUUAAACAAAAAACAAAGGCUAUAUUCCUGAUUUCACAAAUUACCAUCAGUGUGCCCUAAACUUAUCAUUAGCACUUAUCAAUAACAGCCAUCCUAAUAAGCUUUAAAAAGUGAGUUUUGCUCCAAAAUGUAACCUCCAAUCAAUAAUCCACGCUCAGAUUUGACAAACAACUGCAGCCAGAGGCAUGAUGACACAUCCCAACACUCUCCCACACAGAUACACACAUACUUGGCAGAGUCAUGCGGGGUAAAGCGAUCAGGUCAGGGGCAUGGAGUGGGUUGUGCAAGAAUUUCCCCAGAGUGAUAUGGGUGACAGAUUUCACAAUGCGGAACCGCUGUUUCACUGGGAUAAAUGAGAGAAGAAUAUUUUGAAAAAUAAGGAAGCGAAAGAGUGUCCAAAAUAAUACAGGAUGCUUCAUCCUGAGCAGUUAAUAUGUCAUAUCCUUUGGGCACUGUAAACAUUUGAUUUAAUGACCAUUAUAAUUUGCACUGGACAACCGCAGGGGUGUUUGGCUUAAUUGCGCAUUAACUUGCUGUAAAGAGCAUUUCCGAGCAAAGUUCUUAUUCGCUCUCUGGUCUCGAGUCAAGGCCAGAGAGCUCCCCAUAGCUCAGCAGACUUAAGUCUGGUGGUUGAAAUAGCAACAGAGGGCUCGGACUCCAAGGAAAAUAAAGAGCUGGGUAUGAAGAUUACCAGCAAGUGUCCUUUGGAAGGUUGCCCCUCGCCCUCUCCCCACCCUCGUCUCCAGACUCUGCACAGAGUUCUGCUCCAUAAUAAACAAUGUCUUUCCCAUGUAGCUUUGGGGAACAUUAAAAAAGAGAGAGCAGAGUAAAAAAAGCAAAACAUUAGAGGCUUAAUAAAUGGGCAUAAAGAUAAGAGGCGAGGAGGGAUACAAACUGCUUACAGAGAUGAAGAUGCAUUAGAAUGAUCUUACUGUGAGACACCCAUGCAAAGCGAAGACGGGUUCAGAAGGGUCAGAGGCAUACGUUUAUAAAUGCUACUGUGUCAGAAAGUAUGUAAAAACAAAUGCACUCUGUAUUUUAAUGCACUGUUUAUUUUUUCUUACCUACUGACAAUACCAUUGGUUGAAUAGCUCAUGCCACUGCCAUGAAAACAGUACGUUUAUGUUGUUGGUGCAAUUUUUUCCUGCUUGAUGAAAAAAGUGCAUGCUUUGAUAUAUGGAGAUGAAAACAAAUAUUGUGGUACUUAAUUGGUCUCUUGUUCGUUAAUCCUUUAUGUUGUACUUCUUCUUUUUUUUGCCAUGUGAUGCAAAGCAGCGUUCAGUUAUUUUCCAAAGCAGCAACUUGGAGGAGGAAGGGAGAGAAAUGAAAAAGAUAGAGAGGAGCCACUGGGAGUUUAGAGCAGAGCGUUGUUUAUCCUCCGCUCUGGGGGAGCAAGGAUAGAGGUGAAGAGGGAGAAGAAGAGCAGCUAGUAUAAGGCUUGGAUGGGGAUCACUGCAAAUGGACACGGACCCAAAGGACCCUCCCCCCUCUCCCCUCUGAUACGUGUUUGCGUGCAUGCACACACUCACACACACACCAUCAGACACACACUGCAGUAUUAAGCCAUGUGUGUUUCCAGUUUAGGGGAUGAAGCACAUUUUGCUUGCAUACACUCCCUCCCCCAGCUGUGUUCAUCCUCCAAUAACCGUCACAGACCUCUCUUUUCUCUGCUUCACCUCUCUCCCUUCACUUUGCAGGGGAGGGGCCUUUGAUGUCCAGCUCUGAGGGACUCAGGGAGUGAUACGAGGGGAGGAGAGGGUCGAAGCGGGGGGGUCAGUGGGUCAGGCCAACCCCAGUCUGAAAUCAACAAUGCACCAACGGCUCAACUACUGUCUGAUAUGAGAAAUGGCCAACAGCUGAGACGCUUAACUAGCUCUACCGAGGCCUCCGUUAGACAAUGCUGGCUGGAAAUCGCUAUCACACUUGAUCCUUUUUCUCUGGCUGUCACUUUAUGUGUCACAUUUUCUUUAUCCUGAGAGAAAGCACUGAUCUGAUAUAUUUCGUCGAGCACUGUCAGCAGCACACGCUGAUCGAGACAGAUGUUCAUUGCACAAACAAAUACAGUAUGAUGAUGUAAAUGUGUAAAAUACUCUGUUGCUGUUCUGAUGUUGUUCCAAUGUAACAUACAGUAUACAGUAUAUUUGUUGAAAAAAAAAAACAAGAUGGUUAUCACAGACACAUUGUACUUUGUGGAUGCAAAAUGUUUCAUGCUCUCCAUGCAGAUACAGAUGCUGUUUGUUAAUUGUCUUCAGAUAUAAUUAUGGGCCAAUACUGCUGUGACAGCUGUAGCCAAUGUUGUAUGUUCUUAAAGCACAGGGUUUAGUUUAAAAAUAAUGAAUAUAAUAAAAUAUAGUGUGACAGUGCAGAUAUGCAAAAGAUUGUAAUGUUUUAUAUUAACCUUCAUAAAAUAUUAAAGUGAGUUUUUACUUUUCUAAUAAAGUGGCACAUUAUAACGUG